GUCUCCCUCCUCUCCCCGAAGCACCCGGGCGCCUCCCUUCCCCCGCACCCGGGUGGGGUUCCCAGGCUCCUCCCCCGAGUUGUCUCGGAGUCCCUGCGCGCCCCCCACCGCUCGGUCCGCGGCUGCUAUGGCAACCGUACGCCGCCGCCUCUUCACGCACAUCGGGAACUAACGGACUCCGCGGCGGCUGCGGCGGCGGCCUGUGCCCCACCCCCACUCGGACCGCAUCACCAGCCCCCAGCCGACCUGCGGCACCUAGGUCUCUGCAGGAAGAUGAAUUUGGCUGAGAUUUGUGACAAUGCAAAGAAGGGAAGAGAAUACGCCCUUCUUGGAAACUAUGACUCCUCAAUGGUAUACUACCAGGGGGUGAUACAGCAAAUUCAGAGGCACUGCCAGUCAGUCAGAGACCCGGCUGUCAAAGGCAAAUGGCAACAGGUUCGGCAGGAAUUACUGGAAGAAUAUGAACAAGUUAAAAGUAUUGUCAGCACUUUGGAAAGUUUUAAAAUUGACAAGCCCCCAGAUUUCCCUGUGUCCUGUCAAGACGAACCAUUUAGGGACCCUGCUGUCUGGCCGCCCCCUGUACCCGCAGAGCACAGAGCUCCACCUCAGAUAAGGCGUCCCAAUCGAGAAGUAAGACCUCUGAGGAAAGAAAUGGCCGGAGCAGGAGCCCGGGGACCUGUGGGCCGUGCACAUCCCAUAUCAAAGAGUGAAAAACCCUCUGCCAGUAGAGACAAGGAUUGUAGAGCAAGAGGAAGAGAUGAUAAGGGAAGGAAGAAUAUGCAAGACGGAGCAAGUGAUGGUGAAAUUCCUAAAUUUGAUGGUGCAGGCUAUGAUAAGGAUCUGGUGGAAGCCCUUGAGAGAGACAUCGUAUCCAGGAAUCCUAGCAUUCAUUGGGAUGACAUAGCAGAUCUGGAGGAGGCUAAGAAGUUGCUGAGGGAAGCUGUCGUUCUCCCGAUGUGGAUGCCUGACUUUUUCAAAGGGAUUCGAAGGCCAUGGAAGGGUGUACUGAUGGUAGGACCCCCUGGCACUGGGAAGACUAUGCUAGCUAAAGCUGUUGCCACUGAAUGUGGCACAACGUUCUUCAAUGUUUCCUCUUCUACACUGACAUCUAAAUACAGAGGUGAAUCUGAGAAGUUAGUCCGUCUGUUGUUUGAAAUGGCUAGAUUUUAUGCACCCACCACGAUCUUCAUUGAUGAGAUAGAUUCCAUCUGCAGUCGAAGAGGGACCUCUGAUGAACACGAGGCAAGUCGCAGAGUCAAGUCGGAACUGCUCAUUCAGAUGGAUGGAGUUGGAGGAGCUUUAGAGAAUGAUGAUCCUUCCAAAAUGGUUAUGGUUUUGGCUGCUACUAAUUUCCCGUGGGACAUUGAUGAAGCUUUGAGAAGGAGAUUAGAAAAAAGGAUAUAUAUACCUCUCCCAACAGCAAAAGGAAGAACUGAGCUUCUGAAGAUCAAUCUUCGUGAGGUUGAACUGGACCCUGACAUUCAGCUGGAAGAUAUAGCAGAGAAGAUUGAGGGUUAUUCCGGUGCUGAUAUAACUAAUGUUUGCAGGGACGCCUCUUUAAUGGCAAUGAGACGGCGAAUCAAUGGCUUAGGUCCAGAAGAGAUCCGUGCACUUUCUAAAGAGGAACUCCAGAUGCCUGUUACCAAAGGAGACUUUGAAUUGGCUCUUAAGAAAAUUGCUAAGUCUGUCUCUGCUGCAGACUUGGAGAAGUAUGAAAAAUGGAUGGUUGAAUUCGGAUCUGCCUGAAUUUCUGUCAGCGCUUUCAUUUCUGGCUACCAGGGAAAAGAAUUGGGCAAAUGGGACACAAAGUAGGAAACGCUUGUGGCUGGCGCCGUCCUUGUGGCUGGCCCUUUGGUCCUUGCUACUUUCUCCGGCGUCACAGUGAUGGGCUCACGUGGCGGAGAAUACUUGAAUGUCAGGGCGUUUGCCCAGUGAAGCCGGGAAUGGAGUUGGAAACUGUGAGGGGAGGUGUAGGCAUCGCCCAGCCAGUGACCCUGCUGCCAGGCAAAUGCGUAGCCAGAAGGGCCACGUAGGCUGUCAACUCAGGCCUGGAUUCUGGAAGCUGUUGCCCUGGCUGGACGUGACCUCAGGCGGCUGCAGCUGGCCCAGACAGGGACGGGGUCCACCUGGGCUGCGUCAGUCUCCAUGCUCCCUCCACCGCGCCCGCCACACCAGGACGGUGUUCAGUCCUGAACUUCCUAUCCUCUUUAUGGUCAGAAACGUUUUAUGGCCAACUCUUCUCUAAGUUUUCUAAGAUCUUCUGUGGACCUUGCAUGUAAGUUUCGACAGGCUCUCAGCAGCAACCCACAGUGCCGAGACCUGAAGUUGGGAGCAAAUGGCUUGUCCAGUCCCCUCAUCUUACAUCUUACAGACCUGAACCCAGAGAAAUAUUACGAUGUGUAUUCAAGAUCACGUUUUGAACCGGGAAAUAGGACUUGUAUCUAUUUUUGAUUUGGAAGAAUGCUGCAGAUAAGUUGUAAAGAAAACAAGCCAGACAGCAAGACGUUUGUUAAAGCACUUUUAAGCCCCUGAAGCAUAGGAGUACAGACUACUCACCUAAGUCAAUGAUUGUUAAAAAUAGGAAACAUAAGAUAAAUUGACGUCAUAGAUUGGAACAAACAUUUCUAACGUUUGCUGUGUGCUAGACCCUUUUACCUUACCUUCAUUGCUUUAUUAAAUCAGUAUGUUAGCUCUAAGAUUUACUGUUAUUCUCUUUUUGCAGAAGAAGAAACUAAAGUUUAUAGAGUGACUUGCUCUAGUCAUUUGGCCCCUAAGAAGUGGCAGAAGGAAUGGAAUUCAGUUAGUUUAGUUCCAGAACCUAUUUCUUUGCCAUAUUCCAUGAUUACUUUUAACAGUGAAAAUGCAAAAGUACUGAAUUCUUGAAAUAAAUAUUACAUUUACUCAUUUUUCUGAAGUUAUUAAUCAUUAUUACCUUCUCUUUCCUAUAAUACUUUUGCACCAGGAGACUUUUAGGCUCUCAUGUUGUGGGAUUAAAAGGUAUUGGAGAAUGUUAUUGCCAUUUGCUGUUAUCAGAGGAUAAAUAUACACCUACUUGUUUUUCAGGACAGGCCUUAUUCAUAUAAUAAAUGAAUAAAUAUAAUAAAACCCGUCAUUCUAAGAGUUUCCACAAAUCAUAUUUAGACCACCAACUGAAGCGACACAAAGCUCCAUCAGUUAUUUUUAUUAAUAAGACCCCGGACAGUGCUCUGCCCACUGGACGACAGCUCCAUGGUCAUUAGCUGUGCAUAUGGGCACCGUUUGUUACCAGGAGAGCUGCCCUGUGUACUUGGCCCCGGGGUCAGGGUCUGCGUCUGAAGCACUAUCCCAGUGCUGAGUUCAGUUCUGAAUGUUCAGGGUGCUUUCAAUUAGCACAUCUUGAAUAACUUCUUUAGACAAACCAAUCAUGGUAUGACUACUGUAUUACAGAACAUAAAUCUUACACUAUAGUGUUAGUAAUUAUUAUGUAAUUAGAGAUGGAUGAAUCAAGCCUCGUUUGCAAUUUGUAAAAUACCUCAAGCUAUUUUUCAAACAUUUUGAAAUAUGUUUUGUAACAUUUCUCAAAUGUACUUUACCAGGCAUAUUUCCUCUAAUUUUUAAGCCCUGUGUAUUUAAGGAAAUUUAAUCCAUAUGUUUCUGAUUCAUUUGCACUUAACUCAUCAAAGUUAUUUUUUAAGAACAAUUUAGUUUCUAAGGAGCCUUAGGAACCCUUGUCAUGAAUUCCGUCAGCCUUUAAAAGCCUCUUCCCCAAUCAAAACUUUUUCCCUCCAGAGAUAAAUGUGGAUGAAAUUUCGGUUUACAACGCAGAGCCCGUAUUUCAAAAUCUAAGCUAGUUCUGAAUUUAGUGUAAUAAGUUAUUCUGCCUCUACUGAAAAAACUUGCUUCAUUUGUUUCUCUUCAAAGCAGGUCUCUGCAAAGAGUUUGUAAUAAAUAACUGUGCUCUCUUGAAAACACAGCACACUGACUUCUGUCCUACCUUCCCAAAUUCAUAGCAUGGGGGACAAAUGUGGGUCGAUCAGACAAAGCAAAGAAAGUGAACUGUUUUGGGGGGGGCCCAUCACCCACAUGAUGAAUAUGGGUACAUAUUCAAAUAUACAUGUUUACAUUCAUAAAAUGCUUACAUUCUUUUAGAUGAUCUUUUUUGAUUUUUACCUGCACUUAACAAAUUCUAGCAAGACUGCUGUAUUCUGGAUUAAAUUCAUAAUUUAUUGUGAAAUGAUUCUUAAUUGUUCUCCUGUCUCUUCAGAAAUGUUUCCCACCUGAGAUUUUGUUCCCCAGGUUUGUGUUGCCCCUCAGUCUGUGAGCACAACUUUUUGUGUAGUUUUCAUUCAACGGGGUGAUUGUAUGAAAUCUUCUUCGAAAAAGUAAGGUCACUGCAGUGAAGGUAAAAGGAAAUACGCCGACAACUAAUUGGACAGAAUGUCAUAUACCAGAGUGAGUCUGGAAACGGUUUGCUGACACAUAGCAACAGGAAUGGAGGCUGCUCGAGGCGGCCAGAAGCUGUAUUCAGAAAUAUUCACAGUAAAAGAAAGGUACCAUUUUCUUGGGUUCUCAUUAGAAAAUGAAAUACAUAUUUGCUAAUCGUAAGAAAUGUGUGAAUCGUAAGAAAUAUGUGAAAUACAUAUUUGUUAAUCGUAAGAAAUCACCUCUUACAUUCCUAGUUUUUGGUGGAAACUAUCAUUUUCUCCCCGAAUUUUUUAAUGUGGGAUGAAAACAGCUUUUCUGUACUUUCCAGAGCGUACCAAUUUCUUAUAUAUUUUGCCAGUCUGCGCUGUAAAUGAACUCUUAAUAUUUUAGGAAAAACUUUGAUGAUAGAUGAAUUUCUUUUAAGAAUUAACACCUAUUUUUUAAAAUUCAAACCAAAAUGAAAGACCUCUUGCUUGAGGGGAUACUUUUACCUUUCACCUUAUAUUUUUCCAUAUGAUAACUACAAAG